AUCGCAUCCCAGACGUUGACUUGGAUAUCUUUGUUGCAACCUUGCCAUCGAGCCCCUCUAGCAGGACGUGCAAUCUUCUGCAUCCAACCCAUGUGAUGGAGUGAGCCUCACCUUCCCUGCUCAGCUCAUCUCACAACUUUGUUCUCUGUUUGUAUUAUCUCCACCAGUUUACACAGAAAUAAUCGUAUACACAAUGUUCUGGUUUAGGAUAUCUUGGUUUGCAUUUGCUGGCUACCUCGCUGCAUUCGUCGAAGGUCAACAGUCAGGAUGGGCGGACGACCAAGUCAAUGCCACCAUGUGCGCAUGGAAGGCUUCGCGAGUUGCAAAAAUUCGUGAUACAGUCUAUAUCGACGGAGGGUAUCUAUAUUGGGCCCCUGGCAUGGCGGACGGGUCAUAUGGCGCCCCGACCCAAGACAACAAUCCUCUUGGGCUUAUAUACACCUUGAACUUUAGCACGCCUUUCAACACCAGUGCCAACAUCAGCGAAGUUCUCAACGUAACAUCGAAAGCGCCAAACGGAAAUGCUGCAAACAAUUUUGCGCCAAACUAUUACGAUGGGGCCAUAUUGGCCAACGACAAUGAGUUCUUCCUCUACGGGGGUUUGCUGAGAGAGACCGACGUGUACUCUUCGCCGGACGCAGAUGAGGUUCUUGGCUACCAGUUAUUCCAGUAUGGAGCCCCAAAGGAGUCCUGGUUCCCGGGCUUCGUGAACGAGCGCUUGGAUGAUGGCGUAACUCGAUACAUCACUUAUGGUGGCGCUGCCAGCAGCCCCUCGGAAAAUAAGGGUUGGUACUUUGGUGGCAUGCGCUCAGCGUCCGGGGGGCCUAUCUACUACCCCGGAUCCAACGAGUCGCUCAACCCGCUCAAUGUUUCCAAUACCCUGAUCACCCUGGAUAUGGCGACGCAAACAGAGGAGUCAUGGAGUAACAGCACUCUGCCAGCCUCUAUCAAGGGUCGCGCGAAUCCGGACCUAGUCUGGGUACCUGUUGGGGAACAGGGUAUUCUUGUCGCCAUAGGUGGCGUCAUCUAUCCCGACUUCAACAACCCGAUCAUGUUAUCACAGAACGAAGCACAAAGUAGACUUGAAAGCCCAGAAUUCAUGUCAACAAUAGACAUCUAUGAUAUAGCGGGUAACAAGUGGUACAAGCAAAACACCACAGAUGGCCCGGGACAGCUCACACAAGGCUGUGCUGUUGUAGCUCCUGCCCAGGACUACUCGAGCUACAAUAUCUACUACUACGGUGGGUACGAUGGCCUGCAUGCCAAUGGGGACUUCAACGACGAUGUGUGGAUCCUGUCGCUCCCAUCCUUCAUUUGGAUCAAGGUAUCGUCGGGCCGUACGGCUCAUGCUCGAGCUGGCCACCAAUGUGUCAUGCCGUACCCUGACCAGAUGAUGGUCAUUGGUGGCUAUGCGUCGCUUAAGGGCGUAGAUACGCAACAGUGUCUGCAGGGCGGCAUUAUCCAAAUGUUCAACCUCACUGAGGGCAAAUGGGUGGAUUCGUAUGAUCCAGCUAGCUGGGCUCCGUACGGUGUUCCAGAAACGAUCUAUGCCACGAUUGGUGGCACAGAAACGGGCGGUGCCACAAUGACGACUCCCUUGUCGAUAGGGUGGGCGACCACUGAGCUGGCCAGCGUCUUUGCCACGCCGUACCCUACCUCCAAGAUUACCACGUACUAUCCCUACGCCUCGAUCGCUAGCAUAACACAUCCACCUGAUGUCAGUAGUGGAGGCGGAGGGACUCAGCCAUGGGUCGCGCCAGUCUUGGGUGUUGUUCUCGGUCUAGUCUUCAUCUCGGUUCUCGUCGUGGCCAUCUUGGUCUACCGUCGUCGCAAGUUGCUGAAGCGAGGCGGCAUGAGUGCAGGAGGUACAGACGAAAAUGGUUACCGCAUUAUCUCAUGGAUUCGGGGCCAGGAUAGCAACAAAGCUCCAACUGUCACAACGGACGACACGGCGAUGAAUUCGGAUGAUGUGGAGAGCCGCAUCGAACAUGCCCAACCCCAUAACCAAGCCCGCCUCUUCCCCGAUGCCCGCCAGGGACCCGAAAUGGCGAGUGUUCGGCCUCAUGAAAUGUCCGGCACGGCAUUAGCUGAAUUAAUGGACACAUCUUCCCCUGCCGAAUUGGGCGACACGGGCUUGAGCCCUAUUGACAUCAUAAACAAACACUCCCACUUCGCCCGCACUCCCCACUCAGCAAGCACUCCCACAAACCCCUCCGCCUUCUCGCAGUCCAAUUAUACUGUCUCCCAAGACCACACCAGCGUGAGCUCAGUGACCGGUACAGUGCCCAGCACUCCCCCGACGCCGGUCCUCGUCAGCGCAGCGCCCAUGAGCCCGGAGGGUGGAGGCGCUCCCAGCCCGCUGCUGCCCGUCAGUCCGCCUACGGCGGAUGAGCAAAACGCAACGGACUAUAUGAGUGUCCACGGGCAAAGUCUGGCACCACAGGAACAGCAGGAACAGCAAGAGGGCUUGGGCGGGAACACGAGUAGUCCGCUACGGAAGAGCGUGUUUUACGAGAGCGCCGAGGAUCUGGGGGAUAUGCGGAAGUAACACUUAAUCAUUAGCUCCUUUUUAUGGAUGACGAG